AUGUCCUCUACCGCUUCAGUCCCGGCAGAUCCUUGGACAGAAGCCUUCGAGACACUUGACCCGGAAGAUCAGAAGCGACUAAAUAAGCCCGACACGAGCCUCCUGGGUAUCCUUGAAUCGGUCAGAAAUGACGCCGACUCUCGCAAGGAAAUCUGCCGCCAGAAAGGAUGGAAAGUCGGAGAGAACAAACACGGCGAGAAAGUCACUUUGCGUCAUGCGCUGGAGAAAGUCUCCGUUUGGGUCAAGGAGACCAUCAAGGUCGUUGAUGUCGUUGUGUCGAUGGAUAAGAGCGGCCAGGCCGCUUUGCCGUGGGCUGCUAUUAAGUUUCUGAUCUCGGUGAUUUUUCGUCAUUCAUUUUCUAUCGGAACCAACGACAUCGCAUUAUUCACUAAUAUCACAGAAGCCGUAGAGACGAUUGCCCGGCUUAUUGCGAGGUAUACCGUCUUUGAAAAGCUAUACCUUCAUGAAGAUUGCGAGACUGUGCCUAAACUCCGCGAGUCGCUUCGAGAGUUAUAUGCUGGGAUCCUGCGAUAUCUUUCCAAAGCGAAGGAUUAUUUCACUGGGAACUGCUUGAAGAGAUUUGGUCGGGGACUGUUGGACAUGCUGCGCAAAGAAUAUGAUGAGCUGUGGUCCAAGAUCAAUGAGACAGAGGUGGAAAAAUGGGCGAAAUUGGUGGAUGCUGAGUUGAAUCGGAAAAAGGCUAAACAAGCGAGCCAACAGCAUGAUCGGUUGAAGACGAUAUUGCAUGAUAUGGAACGACCGAUCAUGCAGAUCACUGACCAACUUGCCGCAAUUCAAGAUAAACUUAACAGUUGGUUCUCCCUUCUAGCACUUGGGCAAAUGCUGAUGAUCUUAGGCGAGGAGCGCGUCAAAGUGUUCCAUUGGAUUUCUAGAAUCGAGUAUAGGAAGCAUCAUGAAGAGCUUUCAAAAGGUGUUCUUCCUGGCUCGGGAGAAUGGCUGCUUCGUAGCCCCGAGUAUAUUCACUGGGGGCAAUCGAGCGUGUCUUCCAUUCUCUGGCUUCAUGGCAUACCCGGUUCUGGCAAGACAAAGCUUGUUUCAACCGUCAUCAACAGCAUCCAGCAACAUUCUACCGCGCCCGUCGCUUAUUUCUACUGUAAUCGGAGCAAUGCUGAGGGUGAACGGUCCAUGCCGCGGGAGAUUAUUCGCGCCAUCCUAAGACAGCUGGCGAGCAGCGACCCCGACGUGCCCAUCAAAGAACCGGUGGUCAGGGAAUAUGAAUCCCGCAAGAAACAUGCCGAGAAAGACGGGUCGAGCCUGAGCGAACUAGCGAUCGAGGACUGCACCAAAUUGAUUCGAGAAAUCACCAAAUCUAACCCUGCGACUAUCAUCAUCGACGCCCUCGACGAGUGUGAUCAGCUCGCUUGUUAUGAGCUGCUAGACGCUCUUCACGAGAUAGUAGCCGAGUCUGAAGAAGUAGUCAAAGUCUUCGUCUCCAGUCGUGAUGACGUUGAUGUCAUAGGCCAAAGUCUAGAGAAAUGUGGCCAGAUCCCUAUCAGCCCUUCCCAGAAUGGCGGGGACAUUCGCCGAUUCAUCGAUACUGAACUAGACCGGUUGAUCAAGAAACGACUUCUGCUUAGAGGUCGGAUUUCGAAAGACCUCCGGAAAAAAGUGAUCAAGACCUUAAAUAAGGGAGCGCAAGGUAUGUUCCGUUGGGUGGCUUUGUCGCUGGAGCUUUUACAACGCCAGAAGUUUGAACCAGAUUUUCGGAAUGUCCUCGGUCGUCUGCCCCCGGCGCUGUCUGGGUUAUAUGACGAGGUUUACAAAGGCAUAGAGAGCUCUGGUGUUCACGGUCAUAGAACUGCCGUCAGGGCUUUGCAGUGGCUUCUUUGUGCGCAGCGGUUGCUAUCCGUCAGGGAGCUGUUAGCUGCGAUAUCGAUGGGUUUACCAGGAACAUCGGACGAAGAGUCUAGCUCGAAGCCAUACUUGAGUCAAAAUAGUGACUCGUCCUCAGAAUCUGACCUAGACGAUGAGGCUUAUUCGGCCAAAGGAUCUGAUUAUGAUAUUAAAGAUGGUGACUCUCUUGGUGCUGAUGUGGCCAACGACCAGCAUUCAGUCACCACGACUGAUAUCCUCCAACUUUGCCAGAAUCUGGUGAUUGUUGAUUCGCAACUCAGCGUCUUUCGGUUCGCGCAUCUAUCUGUCCGUGAAUAUCUGCAAACGCGACCCGAGUUCACCGAAGUGGAAUUACACUCUCUAGCCAUGAAAGGAUGCAUGGAUGUGUACAUGACUGAGGCCAAUAUGAAUCCCGCGCAUCAAGAGGCUCUCAAAUCUUACGGCAUGUUCUUCUGGCCGGUGCAUUAUAAGACACUUGACCUAGUGCUUGGCAGCAAAUGCACCUUAGAGCAACUGGAGCAAUUCUUACCUUUCUUCUUACAAGGAGAGGAGACGUCUUUGUCGUACGUGACGUGGGCCAGAGAAAUCACGUCUCAGUUUACUGUCGGCCAACGAAUCAAUAGCCAUCUACGACUAGACAGGAACAACCCUUUGGGUAUUCGACUUGAGUAUGCAGCAUCUACACCUGCGACUCCGCUGAAGGCAGCGUGUGCCUUUGGUCUUGCCUAUUUAGCCAAGAAAUUUGGAUCGCUUUCUGAUUCCAAUGUGAAUGAAAGCCGUUUUCAGUUGCCCCAGAUUGCCGCCUCUGAGGGCCAGAAUGAGAUCCUGCACUGGUUGCUAGAAAAGGGCGUCGAGGUGGACAUAAAGGACUACAAUGGCGAAGUGCCGCUCUGUCGGGCGGCGUCCCGUGGGCAUUUGACCACCGUCAUGUUGCUAGUGGAGCAAGGUGUCGAUUUGGAACGCCGCGAGGACCCUCAGCGCAUGACGCCUCUCCUAUGUGCUGUGAAGGGCAGCCAUCACGACAUAGUCAAGUACCUUCUGCAGGCUGGAGCCAAUGUAGAGACCAAGGACAGGAGUGACUGGACGCCUCUUAUCUGGGCAGUCAACCGGGGGAACAAGCCGAUCGUCGAUGUCCUGCUCAAACAUGGUGCUGAUUUGGAAGCUAGCCCGGAAACUGGAUUUACAGCUCUUUUCCACGCAGUAUUUGAAGAGGAUGUAGACAUGAUCCAUCAUCUUCUCGACCACGGCGCCGACAUCGAGGCCAACGACAGAUAUGACCGAACACCGCUAUUCCAGGCACUGCUGCGAGGUCAGCAAGACAUGAUGCAAUUGCUUCUCAAGAAAGGGGCCAAUACAGAAACGCGCGCCGAGGACGGUUGGACACCACUAACGUCGGCGGCGAUGCAGCCGAACGAGCCGAUGGCCAUGCUGCUUCUGCAAGCAGGAGCCAACAUCGAAGCCAAGGAGGAGGACGGUUGGACGCCAUUGUUCCGCGCAAUAAGCCAGGGCAACGAGGGAAUGGUUGAGUUACUGGUCAAGCACGGUGCCAAUGUCGACGCUAAAGACAAGGACGGCGAGACACCGCGCUCAUUGGCGCGAGUGAUGUCAGAGUACGAAUUGGAGGACUUGCUCGACUGA